UUGUAGAUUUUCUGCUUAUUGCGCACGCGUACCUGCAGCGAUACGGUUGCUUCAAUAAAAUCGUAAAUAAACAUUUUAAAACAUGUUUUUGUGCCAUUCCAAAGUUUAAACUCAAUAUUUUAUCGUAAUUUACUUUUUACUGUUAUAAAUAAUUAGAAGUGUGAUAAUAAAAUAAAUAAAAAUGAGUGCCAAAAAGGUUAACGAAACAAACACUUUGAUGUUCGAGGACGAGAAUACAGAUUCUGGUGUUCUGUCUGGGCCGUUGAGUGAACAGCUGUAUUCGGAAGACUUGAGUGCAGAAGCAGAUGCCCCAACAUCGCCCAUAUCCCCUGACAGUGACAAUAAAGUGAUAAGUGAAAGUACUCAAUUCGAUAGUGGUCUCGACUUGUGUUUGUCCGAGUGUCUAGUAAAUGUGUCCCUAAAUGAUCCUCCGCAAACAACGGUGCCCCUCAUACAAUUGGAGGCUGCAGAGAGUCGGGAUGUUCUACCUCUCUCGAUAUUGUUCCAGCAAGACGACGAUGGCGAUACACAACUACACAUCGCGGCAGUUCAUGGAUGCGAGAAAUCAGUCGGUACACUAAUAAACGUGUGUCCUGACAAAGCGUGGCUAGACGUGCCCAAUGACUAUGGCCACACACCCUUACACUUGGCUGCAAUGAGUGGCCAGGCGACGGUCACAAGAAUGCUGGUCAUCGCGGGAGCGUCGAUAGCUACCAGAGAUCUCACAGGGGACACGCCACUGCACAAAGCAGUCUCUGGCAACUACCCAGAGUGCUUACGAGGCCUGCUAACGCCAGUGACUGAUCGACCCACGAGAAAGUUGUCGACGAUAAUAAACCAGAAGAAUUAUAAGGGUCAAACAUGUGUUCAUUUGGCAGCGUCGGCAGGGAGAGUUGAGUUAUUGCAGAUGCUGGUGUUCUACGGAGCUGAUAUUAAUGCUCGGGACGGCCUGGCGGGCUGGACGGCCCUGCACGUGGCGGCGCGGCGCGGCGACGUUCGCGUGGCCCAGUUUUUGCUGGAGCGUUGCAGCGGCGUCGCGCGGGACGCACGGGACUUUGCCGGCCGCACGCCGCGCCGCCUCGCGCGCACGACACGCGCCGCGCAACUUUUCGCAGACGUCAAAGACUCAGACGACAGUGACACUGACGAUGAGUAUGACAGCGACAGCGAUACAGAGACCCUGUACGAGAAAAUAAGACAGAGCAUCAACCCCAUCAACGUGGCCUGAGUAACGUAACCCCUCUCUACACUUCUAUACAACUAGGAAAUAUAUAAAGCGGAAAUGCCGGAUCCAACGCAGGGACUCGGAGUACAAACUCUCUCAGAAACCAGAGGGUUCAUUGUCGUAGGAUAAAAGCAAGUUAAAAAAUUCAAUGCUUUUUGAUUGGUUUAAAAACCAUAGCCAACAACAAGGACUGAAAUCGCAAUGUGAUACAAAACACCCAAUCGACACAUUAGUUGCGCCCGACCCAGUUGCUUGCCAAAGAUGCAAAAAUUGUAUGCAAUUCACCAAUAUGGAUAAUAUCAGACCUGUAGUGGAUGGAGAAGAUUGAAGCAGCAAAAAGUAGAACAUUUUAAAACAACUUGUUAAAAAUGGAGAAUAUCAGACCAGUAUAAGAUUGCGAAUAAUUUAAAAUUCACUUUUAAAUCUGUAUACUAACAACACUGUAUUACGAGGAAAUCAUAAACGCUUAUUAGAUGUAAAUAGGGUUGCCUACUAAAGAGUUUCGGGAGUCGAACGUAUAUCGCAGGAAACUUAUGUUAUGUUACUUUUAUUUUUGUAAGCAUUGUAACAUAUUAAAUCCAUAAGUUAUAUACUAAGACAACUAUUUACAUAUACAACUCCUGAAAUAGAUAUAAUGGAUGACAGCUUUUUAAUAUCGGUUGUUAUUUUUUAUAUUGGUUUAGUCAUGGCAACAUUUAGUACAAAGAUAUAGCUUUGAUGUAUUUAUUCAUUAAUUGCUUUAUUAUAGCUCCUGAUUGGACCGAAUUAAAAUAAAGAUUUCGAAAAUCUUUUUAUUCAUAUAUUUAUGAAUCAUAGGAAAUUUUAGGCUUCCUAUUUUAAAGCGGAAUUGUCCGGUAAACACGGUGCAAUAGGCAGCCCUUAUUUACAUACAAAUGUUGGUCCUAAUUACACACAAUUUUUAAUAGGUCGUUUGUGAAUUCCUCGUUUUGUUCACAAUAAGGACAUCCUUAUUAUGUUGUCUUAUUUGCUUUUGAGGCAUGGCAUAACUUAUCCAAAUAAGAAGGGGUUAUUUAUUUAAAAAAAAGUUAUUGACGUAAAUUGCGGUUUUUCCUUUAAAAAUACCGAUUAUAAAAUACCCACCACAAUAAUUAAUAACUAGUAUUUAUUUAUGUUUUAAUCACAAUAAUUAAUUAUUUGUGUCGCGGUUGGUUUUUCUGUUCCUAGAGGAAAACUUGUUUAAUGUAUUGAUUGUAUAAAAAAUAAAAUAGGUUAACAUAAUAUCAGAUGGCCAAGAAAUUUUUUUUUCGAUAAAAUUGUUUUGUUAACUUGAUCUUAUAUUCGAGUAAACAUAUUUCCAUAUUAUUUUCUAUUCUCAAUGUAUUUUUGAAACAUUAACUACUUAGAUUAUAAACUUUGUCUGAGCUUCUCCAAUCGAUUCUCCAUCAGUUUUUAUCUUCUCGAGUGGGUUAUAGAUAUAUUUUCGUCACUAAAAUUGAUCUCCAUCCAUUUAUGGUUGCAGUUGGGUUGGCGCAAUUCAGACUACGCUUUACUAAUAAAUAAGCAUUCGUACAGUGUUGUCUUAAAACUUUUUAUGUUAAUCGGCCAAUAUUCAUUAGUGCAAAAAGCAAGUAAUCUAGCCUCAAUAAUAACGAUUGUAAACACCAAUUAAAUAGGGUGUAGCUUUACGUUUAGAUUUGUAAUAGAAUAACAAGCGGCAUGUGUUAGAAUUUAAACUAUCGUGAGUAAAGUUAAUUUUACUAUUUCGCCAAAAAUUUCCAUCACUCCAGCCGUCUAUUAAUCAGUAAAAAAAGAUAUAUGCUAUCUUGCUCAUAGCACUAUGAAUAUUGUCUCGUUUUAAAUAAGCCCGCUAGUAGAAUCCAUGACCUUUGUAUCGAUAAGUGUACUAUAUCGAGCCAAAUUGUUAUACUAUUUUGUGUUAUUGUUUAUUACUAUGGGAUUGUUGUCUUCCUAAAUUGAAAUAUUAAUAUAUAUAUAUAUAUAUA